CCAGGCAUAGGCAUCAACACUCGUUACAACGAUCGAGUAGUGGAGUCGCAGGAGCACUUUCAUUUCAAUUACCCUACACAGGACACAAGAGCGAGGAAGGAAAGGGUUCAUCGAUUUAUCAACCUCUCGCUUCUUGGGAUCGUCCUGUUUAAUAGUAUCAACACCAACCGCCACCCCGUUCCCUUCGACUAUUAGUGAGCACUCGCGACGCACCUUUUCAUUGGCCAUCGACGACGAGUCCAGCAUCACGGAUCCCUUCACUCUCGUAUUUGUUUCCUGAAACUCAUUGGCUUGUAAAUGUCAUCACCAGUACCACUCAAGUCGUCCUCAGGGCGUCCACGAAAUGCCUUUCCUUCCAACGCACGUAUCCCGCUCGAAUACUGCGAUGGACCCACGCAACGCAUGUAUGCUGUUUCGGCCUUCGUAUUCCUUCAGGCACUCAAACUGUACUACUGGCUCGGGAUCGGGCGCUCAGACUACGCAGCAGAGUUCUUUGGAUUCAUCCUUUGGCUAUCACUCGACGUCGCCUUUUUAAUGGCUCUCAACUACCUCAGGAUUCCAUGGCUCGAGCUGCCAAUCCUUAGGCUCAUCAUCGCGGUGUUUAUGCUCACAAUCGUCAACUUUGUCCUCUUCACAGCAAGAGAGAUAUCACCAACAGCAAUUGCGCGCUCCUCAGCAUCUAAAGUAUGGGGCUACCUUGGCUCACCUUCCUUUUCAAGGAGAAGUGAUCUGGCAUAUCGUAAUCAGGAUGAACAUUUGCUGGGACGGCACACAGUACUCAUCAAGCCUUAUAGCUCGGCAAUUUUGAAUCCAGACGACCAGUGCUUCUGUGUCCCAGACACAAACAUCCCCGUUAUCGAACAGCCCGAGAUUCCAAUACUGUUCAAUGGAAGCGAACCACACUACCUUGAGUACUCAAUUACAUCCUUCGAGACAGGAAAAGCUGUGGUACACAAACUUUCAGGACCAUUCAAAGAAUCCAGCCCAGUACUGCAUAAAGCACGAUCCAACCAAGUAGAAGGAAAGACGGUAUACAACCUUAGAGCAAGUACGGCAGGCUCAUACAAGUUGCAAAGGAUCCUGGAUAAGGAUCGCAUGGAUGUCCGAUUUUAUCAUGAUAAGGAGGUCUAUGUCGUAAACUGUCCUGAUGCGCGCAUCGACCACUACAAGGACACACUGGAACGCUGUGCAGGGAAGGGCGAUGUCGACAUUCCAAUCACCGUGCGCGGUUUGCCGCCAUGGACCGUGACAUACAAGCGCCAUGCGCGCGAGAAAGCGUCUCAUGAGUUGUUGAUCGAAUCAGAGCCUCCAGGAUAUUCGUCACCUCUACUCAAGGGAUGGUCGCCACCUACGACACCGAAUUACAACUGGGCAAAGCAGCAUGAGAUGAACCUGUCAGUCAGCCUCGGACUGUCGACUUCGGGCGAGUACACAUUUCAGGUCAUGAGAGUCAAGGAUGGUUGCGGCAAUGUUAUUGAUAUUGAUGGACUUGUCACAAGAAAUUUUCGGGAUGCAGAGAUUCGUCGAGUCAACAUUCGCGACCGGCCCGUAGUCUCGAUGAUGUGCGAUCCUCGACGACCCAUCAAGAUUGUGGAUAUGGGGGAUUCACCAUCAGCCCCGAUCGAUCUGAAUAUCACGCAUGGAUCUGCACCCUUCCAGGUCAGCUAUGUUUAUCAGAAGAGUGACUUGGACGAGCCUCAGGCCAUGAAGGAUGUCCAGGUGACCAAGGACCAUCGCAUAGCUCGGAUAUCUGCCAAACAGCCCGGCCUGUACACUCUCACGCACAUCAAGGACGCCUACUGCGAGGGGGAGAUUGAGCUACCAAGAGAUUGCUCUGUCAUUAUGGCCACACUUCCAACCGUCGAUGUUAUCUCUCACCCCAUCAACGACUCCUGUGUCGGCGCUAUUGGGGUCACGGUUGAUGCCACAUUCACAGGCGAGGGUCCAUGGGAGGUCUGCUUCGAUGUCAACCGUAAUGGUCACCCUAGGUCAAGAAAUGUAUGCCAUUCGUCCCCCAAGCCCCGUCUGAACUUGGAGCUCAAGCCAGAAGUAUCGGGCAGCUUUCAAUACAACUUCAGGACCGUCAGCGACAAGAACUACAAUAACAUCAAAGUCGACCUCCCACCCAUCUUCCAGAACAUUCAUCCUCAGCCAUCUGCGGCCUUUGUGGGAGGCCGAACAGGCUUGAAGACUUGUCGCGGAGCUUCAGAGAAGUUGGAUGUUGAGCUCUUUGGAACUGGACCAUGGGACAUUGAGUACCGUGUGAUUCGGGGCACGGACAUCAAGCUCUUUACAGAACGGAACAUCACUAAAAAGAUCGCCACGUUGACAUUAUCACCAUUCGAACGCGAAGGCAUCUAUUCAGUGGACCUUGGAAAGGUCACUGACUUGGCAAACGGAUGUCAAAAGAACCUCAAGGUAUCUGAUGUCGCUAUCGAGGUAUCGAAUGGACCGCCUACAGCCUCAUUUCAGUGCGAAACGGCCAUCGAGUUUGCGGAGGGAGAGUCCGUCGAUCUUCCAAUUCAUCUGACAGGAGGAACCCCAUGGUACUUGACCUAUGGCAUUGAAGGCCAGGAACCGUUGAUCGCCGCCAUUUCAGAGUCCAGAAAUGCAUUAGUGACGGUGAACAAACCCGGUGUGUAUGAGCUCAAGUCCGUCAGCGACUCUUUCUGCGAGGGCGAAGUCGUGGAGCAGGCUCGCAGAUGUGAGGUCGUCUACAGCAAGCGGCCAACCAUGAACUUGAUGAUUGAUUCGAUCCGCUUCCGCGGGGGUCCUCGUGAGAACGUACCUGAGGGCGAGAUUGCUCCAUCUGAGAAAAUCUCGAGAGAGGAUGGCCACUUUGUCUUGCCUGCGGUGUGUAAGGAUGCUGACCGGACACUGGAGUUACGAUUGACAGGAAAAGCACCCUUUGAGCUCCGUUACAGAAGAGUAUUCAAGCCAGCCAAGGGAGGCAAAGAGGAGAUCAGGAUACUUGACGAGAAAUCGCAGCACUCGACUAUGCGACUUCCUAUCAUGACCGAGCAAGCAGGAACGGUUUCCUAUCACUUUGAGACGCUCUCUGAUGCAACAUACCAUAAUGUCGAUGUCCGUCACGAGAAGCAUGCAGUUGUGUUUAAACACACUAUUCGAUCUCCACCCACGGCCACGCUAGUCAACACAGCCAAGCAAUUCUACUGCAAGAACGAGAUUACAGGCGUCAAGGAGAAGAUUGCGAUCAAGAUUCAGGAUGGCGUCGGGCCCUACUCCUUGGCGAUCGAAAUUAUGCGGCCCAACCAGGCUGUGGCGGAGAAGCUGUUCGAGCACGACGUUGUCCCGCGUAAUGGAAUCUAUGAAUGGACACUGCCUGCCAAGUUUACGGAUAUGGGACUGUACAAGGUCUCCGUCCUCCGCGUUACGGAUGUUAAUGGAUGUUCUGCAGGCGUCGCCAGUACUGUCGAAUUUGAUAUCCUGGACACUCCCAGUAUUACGCCACUGCGCUCGAUCACGGAUGCUUGUGUCGGCGACAGAAUCGAGUACUCCGUGCAGGGAGAAGCACCACCAUUCAAGGUGUACUACAGCGUUGACCAGACGAAUCACACCGCAACUCUUGACAACAAGCAACGCACAUUCUCCUACGAAGCCCACAAGUCGGGUUUGUUCAGGAUCAACAGGGUCUGCCAAACGCUUUCCAAGAAGCAAUGUUGUACACAACCUAUGGAAGAGAUGACCACGAUGGUCUGGGCGAUCCCGACGGUAAAGGUCGCGGAUGGAACGAAUUUCAUUACGGAUCUGCGCGAAGGUGAUCGAGCCGAGGUCGUGGCGACAUUUGUGGGCGAGGCGCCGUUCUCGUGGAGUUAUGUUCGUACAGAGGCGGUGUAUGAUAAGGAGCAUCACGCUAAACAUGGUAAGCGGCCGAGUACCUUGGAGAAGAGAACUGUCAAGGAUAUCCAUGAUCACAAGUAUGCAUUCUUUACGGCUACUGAAGGCACCAUCGUGCCGGUAUGGAUCAAGGACAAACAUUGUCAGUUUGGAAAGGAGCUUUAGAAUAGGAUGGUCGGCAUGAAAUCCAUAAUAAAUAUUUGCAAGUAGAUUU